AUAAUUGUACACCACAACAUUGUUGGAAUAUGAAAAUAAUAUUCUCUUUCUCUCUGGUGAACACACUGGCCACAAACCGUGCUUUUAUCACAUGUGAAGAUAAGAAAUAUGAAAAUUAAGAAGCAGCAUCAAAUAUUCAUAUGAUAUAAUAAGGGAUAAGAGGGAGUGUCAAAAGACUUGAAACUUAAUUCCAACAACCAAGCUUUUCAUUUUCUUGCUGACUCUCAAUAUGUCAUUUUCCGAUUUGGUGGAUGAUAUCAAUGCCAUGCUUGAAGGAGCAGAGCCACCUUCAACCGGUGACUGUUGCAUCUACAAGGUCCCCUCUAAAAUUCGCAAACUCAACGCAGACGCAUACACCCCCACUGUCGUUUCCAUUGGCCCCUUUCACCAUGGUCAUCCACAGCUCCAAAACAUGGAACCUCAGAAACUCAUUCACUUCAAAGCUUUUCUCCAACGAACUGAGGCAUGUUUAAAUGACUUAGUAUGCUACGUAGAUUCUAUCUUAUCUAAUUUCAAACGUUGUUAUUCCGAAACCCUACCAUUUUCUCAUGAUGAACUUGUUAAGUUAAUCUUAAUCGAUUCCGGUUUUAUAAUUGAACUUUUCUUGAGAUACCACUAUGGUGGGUUUGUCUUUGAACUUUGGUUCGAUGAUGGUAUAACAACAAAUUUAAUGUUACUUGAAAAUCAACUUCCCUUUUUCGUUAUUGAAAAAAUUUACAGUCUUUCAUUCAGUUCUACAAAUGCUAGUAAUCCUAACACUAUGAUCCCUUGUUUUCUUGAACUCACUAUUAAUUUUUUCUUUUCUUUCAAUAAAUCAAACUUGUUUUUUGAUGAUGGUGAUAUUAGUAUAAGGCACUUCACUGAUCUGAUUAGGAUAUUUCAUUUGCAACAUCCCUUUGAAAAUCGGCCGGGUAGAAUUGAUAUCAAGGAUAUCAACAUCGGUGAAUGGAUGUUACAUCUACCAAGUGCAACUGAGUUGUUAGAAGCUGGAGUUAAGUUUAAAGUGAACACUAAAAGCAAGUGUUUACUUGACUUGAGGUUUUCGGGAGAAGUUCUUGAAAUUCCUUCGUUAAUUGUUGAGGAUCGGACCGAAGCUUUAUUUCGGAAUAUGGUUGCUUUGGAGCAGUUUCAUUACACUAACAAGUUAUAUAUUACUGAUUAUGUUUCUGUUUUGGAUUACCUUAUAAACACUGGUAAGGAUGUUGAUAUACUUGUUCACAAAGAAAUACUGGAAAAUUGGCUUGGAGACAGUGAUUCUGUGGCUAACUUGUUUAAUGGUCUUUGCAUAAAUGUUGUACAUACCAAUAUCAGUUCUCAAUUCUCUAUUCUUUGCAAGGACUUAAAUGCUUUUUGUAGGAAUCCUUGGCAUAAGUUGAAGGCUACUCUCAGGCGUGAUUAUGGCAAGACUCCUUGGCAAGCUGCUGCUUCCUUUGCUGGAAUUGUACUACUUGUUCUCACUUUUAUUCAAUCAGUUUGUUCUGUCUUGCAAGUUGUACAAGCCUCCUAGUGAUUUCUUUCAUUGUUGAGUUCAUAAUUAUUGCUAUUAGUAUUAUCACCAAUGUAAGUUGUUUGUUUCAAUGGUUUCAUUAUUUUGGGUGUCGUGUAUUAAGUUAUUGAUAUUAUGAAACCUUAACCUU